UAUAUGGCGCUUAUAUAAAUACGUUAAACCCAAACCCGAGACUCCCCCAAAACCCUAACGCUUAAACCCUUUGCUCUGCGCCUUGAGUCUAUCUCUCUGUUCACCAAUGGCCAUGUACGCAAUGCUUCGCCGCGCCUCCUCCGCCGCGCUGCCUCAGCUGGCGCGCCGCCACGCCAUGGCUUCCUCGUCUUCUAGAACCUUCCACAGUGUUCUAUCUGUUCUCCGCAGAGAGACAGCGACUACUACUACUAUCGCACCCUCUCUUCGCUUCGCCAACGCCUUCGCUACCAAGUCCAGCGCGGACGAACAUCUAGCUCAAGUGCUUCAGUCUGAGAUCCAAUGCGCCCUCGAAGACGAUCAUGCCCAGCACCAAGUCGAAGUUCCUGUUGAUUUUCCUUUUGACAUUGAGGACAAUCCUGGAGAAAGAACCAUACAACUAAAAGGAAAAUUCAGAGAUGAAAUUAUCAAAGUUCAAGUUGACAUCCCUAAUGUAGCACCAGAAGAAGAACAUGAGGAUGACGAAAAUGGCAACAAUGAGAAGAAUGAUAGUGAAUCUAGCAUUCCUUUAGUUGUGAGUGUUUUCAAAGAAAAUGGAGUGUCUCUAGAGUUUGGCGUGACUGCUUUUCCCGAUGAGAUUUCCAUUGAUAGCUUGUCAAUAAAACAGUCCGAGGAAUCUGAAGACCAGUUGGCAUACGAGGGGCCUGAGUUCAUUGACUUGGAUGAAAAUCUGCAAAAGGCUUUUCACAAGUAUCUUGAGAUCAGGGGGAUCAAGCCCAGCACAACCAACUUCUUGCAGGAAUACAUGUUUGCUAAAGACAACAAGGAAUAUUUAAUGUGGCUGAAGAACCUGAAGAACUUCGUCGAGAAGUGAUUUUGAAAAGGAAUGAUUUGUUCUCUGAGGAUCGCGAAAUGUUGGCAAAGCCCUUUUCUUUGGUAUACACUGUAUCAUGAGAGUUACCGGUGUAGACUAAUAAUUUUAAAAAAAGUUGAAUGGUAAAAGGAUUGCUUCACCCAUCAAUCAAUAGACCUUGGGUGUUUCUCCCAUUCAUUCUUUACCUUUCAUACUUGAUAUGCAAGUUCAAAAUAACCACUGCUACAGUGCUAUUUAUAGAUUGGCCAGAUAAAUAUAGUCCCAACAGGAUAUUGCUGUAUUAUCCUCUUGAUUCAUGCACAUAAUUCAAUCUAAAAUUUACUUUUUUCCGGGUA